CCCCACCCCUCAGAUGCAAAUAUGUAUAAAAUCCAAAUGUCCCAACGAACCAACUGACUCUGGAGCCUUCGAAAAUCUUUCCCGUGACGGGUUCUUCUUCUUCCGUUCCCAGAAAUGAUUGCAGAUUUUGUUAGCAUUAGAAUGAUACAACUGCAAAAAUAUUGACACGACCUAAGUUUAGGGAUUUGAAGUGGUGAAUUGUGGAUGGUAAACAAAAUUUGAUUGGGGUUGUUUUAGGCCAGUGAUUUUGGUUUCUUUCUAUAUCUUCUGAUUGAGAUUGUUGGAUAAAUUAAUGAUGGAUGAAGCUCCAUCAAAUACAUUGCCUCCUUUUCUUGCAAAGACGUAUGAGAUGGUGGAUGAUCAUUCCUCGGACUCUGUUGUGUCCUGGAGUCAGAGCAAUAAAAGCUUCAUUGUUUGGAAUCCUCCAGAAUUUUCAAGGCUUCUUCUGCCCAGAUUCUUCAAGCACAGCAAUUUCUCCAGCUUUAUUAGGCAGCUUAAUACAUAUGGUUUCAGGAAAAUUGAUCCCGAACAAUGGGAAUUUGCAGCCGAGGAUUUCGUUAGAGGUCAGCCCCACCUUUUGAAAAACAUCCGUAGACGCAAGCCUGUUCACAGUCAUUCUUCAGUAAAUCUGGCUUCUUUACCCCCUUUAACUGAAUCGGAGAGGCAAGGAUAUAAGGAUGUUAUUAAGAGGCUAAAAAGUGAUAAAGAAUCAGUUCAUUUGGAAGUACAGAGGCACAAACGGGAUCAACAAGGACAUGAAUUACAAAUGCAGGGUUUGACAGAACGUUUGCAACAUGUAGAACAAAGACAUAAAAAUAUGUUGUCCUCUCUGGCUCUGACAUUGGACCAACCAGCUAUUACUUUAAAUGUGACGCCACAAGAGGAAAUUCAUGAUAGAAAGAGAAGAUUUCCCCAAAACAGUUACUUGUGUGAUGAAACGAUCAAGGAAGAUAAUCAUAUGGAAUCUUCUCAAAAUCCCACAGGAAAAAAUACAAAUAUGACUUCAUUUUUGAAUUUCAACAAUGAAUUAUUGGAGAACGUGGAGUCUUCUUUAAGAUUAUGGGAGAACAUAGUACUUCAUGUUGGUGAAGGUUUAGUGGAUCAUAAUACAUCAACAGAGUUGGAUGAAUCUACAAUUUGUGAAGAUGGCCUCACUAUUUCUUCCGCACAACUAAAUUCUGAUGUUGGGUCUAAGACCUGUGGGAUUGACAUGAAUUCUAAACCUGACACUGCCAUUAUUCCUGAGCUGCAACCUUCCACGGGAGAACAGCAACUUGGGAUGGCUACCAAUGUGCGAGCAGGUGCCAAUGAUGUAUUCUGGGAACAAUUUCUUACGGAAAAUCCUGGUUCAAAUAAUGUGUCCGAAUUUCAGUUGGAGAGGUAAGACACGGAUGACAGCAAAAAUGAAAACGAAGUAGUUGAUCAUGGGAAAAACUGGUGGAAUAUGAGGAGGGAAUAUGAGGAGUGUAAAUUACCCUGCAGAACAGUUGGGCCAUCUUACUCCAGCUGAAAGAACUUGAUAUAGUAGGUUGUGUGCUAUUCUUUUUGUUGGAUGCACUUUCUCAUAUCUAAUACCUUUUUUGAUUAGUUUUGUAGACAUUUCAUAUGCUGAGUUUACCAUUUCUGUGCAUAUUGUGAUCUUAAAUUCAGGGUCUAUAGACACUGGGUUCAGAUCAAACCAUACCUGCCUGAAGAUCUUGAUGAUGCGAUCAUGGUAUUCAUCACAAUUCAGUGUUAGGCAACGGGCUAAGUGUUCUUCGAGCUCUUCAGUGCUUCUGAUUCCUUUCUCUUUUUAGUUCUGCCUGUUUCUCUUUCAGAACCCUUCCAUAUGAUCUUCUUGAAUUUCGAUCAUUCUCAGGUUUUCUCCCUUGUGUUGUAAAUUCUGUUUCCCCAUUUAGAAUUCUGACCUGGUGUUGCUUUUCUUUCAUCCUGUUCAUGUCCAGAAUUGUCAAUGCAUCGAAUUCUUUCUAUUGGAAAUUUAAUCUCAUUAUCAGAAUCAUACGGAAAAGUAAUUCUUCCUGUACUCGUCCUACCUUGGAAUCUUUUGUUGCCAUACGAGAGCCUGCAAUAAUUGUCGUAAUCCAUGCUGCAGAAGGUACCUAUUUUGCAACUAGCAGGUGCUAAUGAACUUGGUGAUGGAAAAUCCCAUUUUCCUUUCUGCAUCAUCUUUGCUGAAGCAGGCUCAAAAGUGGCACUUUUUUCCCUCAAUUUGAAAAGCACAGAAAUGGGAAAAACCCCGCCUGAUUAAAGAUACAGACUUCUUUCUCCCCCACUUCAUUGUGAUUAAGGAAUCUUAAGUUAUUGUCAGAAAUUCGUCAGAUUAUGAGGUUGCUAGGGAAAAAGUGGAGAGUAGGAUUAGAAACAGGCAAUUAAGGGGAGCUGAACUACUACACGUACAGAUUCAUUUUGUCAGAAUGGUGCUAGAUUCAUACUUGAUAGGAUUUCAUUUGCUAUUGUAUCAAAAAUAUUUUUCAACGAUCCAAUCACAAAUUGUCAAGUAUGAAUUUAGUACCAAUAUGACAAAAUGGAUCCGUGAGGUUUUGUUAGUUAUUAUAAUAGAAUUGGCCUUAAAUCUUGUGCCAACCAGCUACUUUUUCUACUUUCUAGCUUUUGUGGACAGGCUGUUAUUUAAGGAACUGUCAAAUGUACUAGUUUCGGUUUGGAAAAGUACGGGUCCACCGUUCUAAUCCGGCUCUCUUGAUACAAAGACUUAUUUUUUGA